GAGAUCCGAACUCCCACUUUCUUCUCGUCCAGCAUGGCCGCGCUGUAUGAGGGAUACACGUUGUGCGGGCUUGUACAAGCUCAAAACCAGUCAGAUUCAGGAAUUCAGGGCAUUGAAUCGGAGAGAGACAGCGACCACGUCGUCGUCACAGACUCGACCAGAUCUGUCACACUGUACAAGGUUUCAGACCAAAAGCCUCUGGGCAGCUGGACGGUGAAACAAGGACAGACUCUGACCUGCUCAGCAGUUUACAACUCACACACAAAGGAGUAUGUGGCAGUCUCAGACAACAAGGUGAUCAGAGUUUGGAAGGAAGAAGACAUAAUUUUAGACAAAGCCUUCAAAGCAACUGUGUCGUCAGAUGUAUGGAGGGUCCACUCUGUCCCUGGAGGGGAGCCGGUGGUCUUGUUCCAGAGAGGUGCAGUCAGACUCCUCGACUCCCUCCUCUCUGCUCCCCAGCAGCCCGUAGAGGAGGUCCUGGCACAGGAGGAGGCCAUCAGGUGGAGCACAACAGUUAUAGCAGAGGCAGCGCAGUUUGUCAUCUUCCAGACAGAACAGAAAGGGGAUCAUUUCCUGUACCUGCAGAGGCCGAACCUCAACGCGGUGCAGAGGUACAGGCUGGAGAGAGAGGAGCCUGGCCUCUCCCCGCUCAGCUUCUCUGCCUCCUACAGGGAUAAACACAUCAACCUGCUCUAUCUCUACCCCAAUGGUCACGUAUACCAGAGUGUGGUGUCUGUACGGGGCCCGGGCAUGGAGGAGGAGGCCCAGGCGCUCCCCCUGCCCCGUAACCUGCUGUUUGCCCUGCCUGUUGGUGAGGGCCUGCUGGGGGCGGCUUCGGCACUGGCCCUGGAUGAAGCCCAUGUAGCCGUGGUGGGGGUCCCACACCCCUCUGCUGGAGCUGGUAAAGACUUCCUCUGCAUCUGGAAUACCAAUUUCCAGACACUCCAGGCUGGCAAAGAGAUGUCGGGCAAAAUCUAUGGACAGCUGUGGAGUUAUUCGAGCAAGUUAUUCAUUCCACAUGGGAAGUCGCUGUCUGUUAUUCCAUACGAGUGCCCCAAGUCUUCGCUGGCCUCUGCCCUGGGAAAACUAAGACAGGCCAGGACUGAAGAGUCCAAAGCUCCAGCAUCUGUCCCGUCUUGGAACACGAUUUUGCAUGGAGAGAAAGUCCAGCCGUCCAGAACAGUGGAGACCAGGAAGACUAGAACAACCCGCAAGACCCAGUCCGCCCCCAGUUUGACAGUCGACCAAGUUCUGGAGCUCAUCAAGACGGCUCCAGUAGAGGAGGUCCAGAGGGAGGUGGAGGGGCUCCUCUCCAGAUCAGAUAUCCAGGAGCUGCAGCCUUCGGUGGGGCAGCUGGCCUCCAGCCUGGUGUCCCGCAGUGUGGCUGAUCCAGCCUUCUAUACCCCGGGCACACUGGCACAGCUGGUGCACACCCAGUGCCUCUGCCACAGCGUGUGUCCUGACCUUCUGCUGUUAGCCCUGGAGAGGAAGGAUUACUUCCUGUGUCAGCUCUGCCUGCAGCUCUUCCCUGACGUCCCUGAAGCCGUCACCUGCGCCUGCCUCAAGACCUUCAUCAGUGUCCCAGAUGCCGAUGCAGACUCGAUGAGCCUGGAGCCGGACAGCGUCGCCUUCAUGGAAAGCGUAAUUACUGGAGGGCGUGGCCAGGGUGGCCUGCAGAAUGGUUUUAGCCCCGCCCCCUUCGAGGAAGACGGCACAGAUCCCCUCAGCGGAGGUGGAGCCCAAACUAAGACCACAGCAGAGGACAAGGAAAAGACUGUAACCGAGCCAGGACAGACCUGUCCAGUGGGGCUGCAUAAGGCUGUACUGCUCAAUGAGGUCCUGCAGACGGCGUACAGCGACACCUUCCUCCUUCCCCAUCUGAAAGACCUAUCCUCUCAGCAAGUUAUUCUUUUCCUCCAGUACCUUCAAUUCCUCUACCUGAGAUACUCCCAAGAUACCUUCACACAAACACAUGGAUUGAGAUCACCAACUCUGACUCAGAUCAUGGAUUGGGUGUGCUUGUUGCUGGAUGCCCAUUUUACUGUGCUAGUGAUGACUCCAGAGGCCAAAGGCUUACUGCUAAACCUCCACCGCUUUGUGAAGUCUCAGGUGAGGCUGUUUUCUGAGCUUGGGAAGAUCGAGGGCAGCCUUGAGGAGCUCCAGAAAAUUAAAGUGAAGAAGGAAGUCGGACAGUACUCCAUCGAGGUCAUUGAGCUGUUUUAAAACAACAUGUAGAUAAUUUUUAAUAAAAUAUCAAGCGUCUCCUCUCCUGCCCGCAUUUCACCUGAAGUGGUUUUAUAAGGUUCUGCAACAUUCAGUUUGUAUUAUAUACCUUUUGACUCAGACACUGUGCAGCAUUUUGCCCAAAAGAAAUCAAAAUGUGUGUUAAUAUCAAUUAACAGUUAUUGGUGUAAUUUAGCCAUUAAUGAAACACAAAUCCACUUUGUGUACCGUUUUAAUCUCACCUGUCCUACCAGGGAGCAUGUUAUCAAUAUCAGACAAUAUGGCUUUCACAAUAAAUUCCCUGCCCGUUUAUGUGUGCAGGUGGUUGUGUAAAAAAAAAAAUGUGCAAAUGCCUUGUUAUGCACAGUGGUAAAGUAUUUUUGGCUUGCGGUGUCCAAAAUGGGAGUCAACAUUAGGACAUACAAUGACUGUGAGGCUGGUUAUUUUGUAUGUGUGUGGUAUAACUGUGAAUAUCUGUAAAGCUACCAACUACAUGACCUUGAAGUAUGUUUUCUACAAGUAUAUAUUUUGUGCUGCAUACAAAAAUAUAUCAGUGCAGAAAACAUGAAUCCAUGUAUGACAGAGUUUUUUUAUUAAAAAAAAAAAAUACCAUCACA